AACUUUCGUAUCAUUAUACUUUGAUCGCAGCACUGCACAUUAUUAAGUUAUUAUUUUCUGUUAGGUAUUGACGGGAGUUCGAUAUAUAAGUAUAUUCCAUUUCGCUCACUCGGCGCGCAAGUCUCAAACAUUUUCACAAAUAUAUUUAUAUACUUUCAUAACGAUUUAGUUUUAAUCUUAAAAUAGGUACCUAUAAGCGCGUCAUACCAUUAUUGUAUUAUUAAAAACCGUUUUCAAAUAAAACUAUCGUCAUCGACGGUCGUCUGACAUUUUCGAGGUGUAUACUUACUUCAACCGCAGCAUGCAAGUCAGACACGUCGUUGGAUUGACGCUGUUGCUGGUGGCAGCGGUGCCGUUGCAAAUGUACUUGAUUAAGUACAACCAAGACUUCAGAGACUUGGUGUCGGAAAUCGCGAAAAACUUACCCAACGACCUACUGCAACUGUCUACCAACUACAUCACCGGAUACGUCAGCGCCGCGAACAAUUACCUGCAAAGUACAUACGACUAUUUGGGUUUAUCAAAACUAUUUGAAGAUGAUUCACCGGUAGACCAUGAAGUACCGAAAAAUUUAAUAAGAAAUUUUAGACCACCUCAUUUAGAAUACAAAAUUGGAAAUGUGGUAUUGAUACAUACGAUGAGAGCAGGCGUUAUUGUUGGAUGGAACAUUGAUAUAACCGAUCUCACUAAAGAACCAGAAUACCUAAUUUUAUCGGAAGUUCAUGAAGAAUUGAUCAAAUUAGACCAAGAUAAAAUUGUAGUUACAUUACAAAAUAUUAAGAUAAAUCACAAAAAUAUAGACCAAUAUUUUGAAAGUUUUGAUGGAAUAGGAUACAUACCAAAGGAAUCAUUACGAAAAAUGUACCCAAAAGGUUAAAUCUACUUUCAAGCAAUAACUGUACUGACGUUUAAUAAUAUGGGUAGUAAUUACCCAAGGUGUAAGGAAUAGGAUAUUAUGUAAUAUUGUAAGAAAUAAAAAUAAAACGAUUUCAUUUGAGUUUGCUUUCUUUUAAAUAAUAAAAUGUCUAAAAAUGUCCAUAUAAAAAAAAAAUACUGAGGUUAAUUUAAUUUUUGGAGUUGUAAAAUCAAGCAUGGUUUGUCUGGAACUUCGAUGUUUAGUAUUCUUCACCACCUUCACCUUCUCCUUCGACGGAGUCCAUGCCAACCUCUUCGUAAUCUUUCUCAAGAGCGGCCAAAUCCUCACGAGCUUCAGAGAAUUCACCUUCUUCCAUACCUUCUCCAACAUACCAAUGGACGAAAGCACGUUUGGCAUACAUCAAGUCAAACUUGUGGUCCAACCUAGCCCAAGCUUCAGCAAUAGCUGUAGUGUUGGACAACAUGCAGACGGCACGUUGUACUUUAGCCAAGUCACCACCGGGUACCACAGUUGGGGGUUGGUAAUUGAUACCAACUUUGAAACCAGUUGGACACCAGUCAACAAACUGAAUGGUUCUCUUGGUCUUGAUGGAAGCAAUGGCAGCGUUGACAUCCUUAGGUACAACAUCACCACGG